AUGAUUUCUAAUGAGAUAGAUAAUGUAGUCGCCUAUUGUCUAUCUACACUAAUAACUAUGAUCGAUGUGGUUGGUCAGUUGGUCAGAUACUUACCUACUACUACUACUACUACUACUACUACUACUACUACUACUACUACUACUACUACUACUACUACUACUACUACUACUACUACUACUACUACUACUACUACUACUACUACUACUACUACUACUACUACUACUACUACUACUACUACUACUACUACUACUACUACUACUACUACUACUACUACUACUACUACUACUACUACUACUACUACUACUACUACUACUACUACUACUACUACUACUACUACUACUACUACUACUACUACUACUACUACUACUACUACUACUACUACUACUACUACUACUACUACUACUACUACUACUACUACUACUACUGAAAUCAUUUAG